AUGACCCUCGAAGUCGACAGCGACCUCAAGGAUGCGUUCAAGCUUCUCUACGACGCCCAAGACGACGAUUGGGCAUCUUCCGACGACGAGCCAGAAUCUCCCGCAGAGGACGCCCAGCUCGAGCACUCUCCAGAAACGCUCUACAGCGCCCGAAUAACGCGCAAGAGGCUCAUGUCUACUCUGGAUUCGCUCUUCUCCAGCGGCCCGGAGACUAAGAAACAGCGGAUAUACAACCCUCCCUCACCUGCCAUCCCAUCAUUCAUCCCCUCGACCCAAGCUAUACCCGACCUACCUUCAUCCUCCACCUACGCCCCCUUCUCCCCUCUCGCGCUCUUAUCCCGACUACACACAUUCCAGCCUUUCUCCUACUCCCCCGCGCAUCCAGCAGCGCUGUCGCCGGUGAAAGCUGCUCUGCAUGGAUGGGUGAAUGAAGGACGAGAAGGGUUAAAGUGUGAGGAGUGUAAAGUCAAGUGGGGCUUGGGUGGGCUGGGAGAUAUCAAGGAGGAAGGUAUCAGGGGAGAGGUGGUUUGCCGGUUAAAGAAGGGGUUUGAGAGUCGGCAUGGGAGUAGUUGUCCGUGGCGGAUCAAUAGAAGUCCUGAUGAUCUGUAUGACAAACUUCGUCACCUCACACACCCCCCAAUAACAUCUUCCCUCUCCCCCCUGGCAUACCGACUCUCAUCAGAAUGUCCUGCCCUUACAACGAUCAGAACCUCCUCCCCCAUCCCCGACUCCCAAACAAAACACCUCAUCUCCCUCCUUUCUGCUCACUCUGGGAAAGAACAUGAUGUUGAAGAAUCAGCAGCUGUAAUGGCUCUGUUCGGGUGGUACCCUUACCACCCAAACGAGCCUAGCAUACGCGUGGUAUUGGAGAAUGAGGUGAAAGAGACGGAAUUGGUGGCGUGUCGACUGUGUCAUCGUCAUAUCGGACUAUGGCACUUCAAAUCUCCUUCUCCCUCUUCCUCUUCCACUCCUACUCCGCCACCUUCAUCAUCGAUACCGUCGAAAUCUCUAGACGUACUCGAUGACCAUCUGACGUGGUGUCCUAUCCGGCAUCAGCCGUGGGAAGCCUCUCCUUGGUGGGAGAAGACGGCGUUACUGGGAGGAGGGGACGAGGGUUCGAAGGCGAGGAUGAAGGAGGGGGAUGUGAAGGGGUUGUUGAGGGUUAGUGCGAAGCUGGAGAAGAAGAAGUGGAGGAAGUUAUAG